CUUUCAAAGAGGUGGGGUGUGGAACUCGUUUUGCGUGAGCUAUGUUUGCAUGUGUCUCACGCACGUGACGUGCACAGAAGAGGUUGCUAAAGCGUGCGUGUAACUCUGCGGAAGCAAUUUAACAAAGGCAGGACAAAAUGCCACGUGUCAAGAAUGUUAUGUCAAAGGUGUACAAAAGUCCGCGACGUCCAUUCGAAAAGGAACGUCUUGAUCAGGAAUUGAAACUAAUUGGAGAGUUUGGUCUACGUAACAAACGUGAAGUAUGGCGUGUGAAGUACACACUAGCGAAAAUUAGAAAAGCUGCUCGGACAUUGCUUACGCUUGAGGAGAAGGAUCCAAGACGUUUGUUUGAAGGUAAUGCAUUGUUACGGCGUCUAGUUCGAAUUGGUGUAUUAAGUGAAGAUCGCAUGAAGCUCGAUUAUGUUUUGGGUUUACGAGUUGAAGAUUUCUUAGAGCGUCGUUUACAAACUCAGGUUUUCAAACUUGGUUUAGCGAAAUCUAUUCAUCAUGCUCGUGUUUUGAUCAGGCAAAAACAUAUACGCGUUCGACGUCAAAUUGUGAAUGUGCCAUCGUUUAUUGUUCGUUUGGAUUCGCAAAAGCACAUUGAUUUCUCAUUAAAAUCACCUUUCGGUGGUGGCCGUGCAGGACGAGUGAAAAGGCGUAAUGCAAAGAAAGGCGUAAGCGGUGAAGAUGAAGUUAGUGAUGGAGAUGAAUAGAAGACUUUAUAAGAAUUAAUUUUGUUUGUUAUCAUUCAUCAUUGUCAUCCGCGCGGUCUCAAGAUAAAUGUUUUCCUGAUUGCCGGUUGGCAAGCUUCUUCCAUAAAUUACUUACACUAAUAGAUGGUUCUC